AAACCGGGUACGGGGAUUAACACUGUAACAGCCAGCUACUCAGCCACCCAGCCAACUACUUCACCUGUUCGAUUUCGGUUCUUCGAUACACUCUAGGAGGCCUCCAUUGUUGAUUGUUCUCUCUCCUCCAAAAUCAACCAUCGAUUUCUCCAAUCACAAAUUCCCUCAGAAAACAUCGCCCACGCUUUAUAAACCUCAUUCACCAUCCUCCUCUCUCAGUUGAUUUGAUUUCUUCACUUUCAUUGUCAUAUUUCCAAGCAACAACAAUGGCGCAAGUAGUUGCUACCAAGUUGCUUCAUAAUUCAUUUCUCACCAAUGGAUCUCUUAACAAUCAGAUUGAGAAGAUCAAACCUUCUGGUUUCGCUUCCAAUGGCCGGAUUAUCCCCAGCCACCAUCGUAUUCUUACCGUCACCGCAAGGAGAACGGCGGACCUCCAGGUUGUUCCCGUCACACCUGAAGAUAUACCUAAGAUAGGAGAGCAGAGUUAUCAAGUUUUAGGAAAGGGUGAUAGUUCAGUUGCUAUGUGGUCGAAGCCCAUAAUUAAGCGCAAGACGAAAAUUGUUUGUACAAUUGGUCCAUCCACUGACACAAAGGAAAUGAUAUGGAAGCUGGCUGAGGCUGGGAUGAAUGUUGCAAGACUAAACAUGUCACAUGGAGAUCAUUCUUCUCAUCAGAAAGUCAUUGAUCUGGUUAAAGAAUACAAUGCUCAACAUAAGGAUAAUGUCAUUGCAAUCAUGCUUGACACCAAGGGACCUGAGGUCAGGAGUGGGGACUUGCCACAACCAGUUAACUUAGCAAGUGGCCAAGAAUUCACUUUCACAAUAAAAAGAGGUGUUGGUACAGCAGACUGUGUUAGUGUUAAUUAUGAUGAUUUUGUUAAUGAUGUAGAAGCUGGUGACAUGCUUCUGGUUGAUGGUGGUAUGAUGUCGUUGUUGGUGAAAUCGAAGACAGAAGAUUCAGUAAAAUGUGAAGUUAUAGAUGGUGGAGAGCUCAAGUCUAGACGCCAUUUAAAUGUCAGAGGAAAAAGUGCAACUCUACCAUCUAUCACUGAAAAGGAUUGGGAUGAUAUCAAAUUUGGUGUGGACAAUCAAGUUGAUUUCUAUGCGGUUUCUUUUGUUAAAGAUGCAGAGGUUAUCCAUGAGUUGAAGAAUUAUCUAAAAAGCUGUGGUGCAGAUAUUCAAGUUAUCCCAAAGAUUGAAAGUGCAGACUCCAUACCAAAUUUGCAUUCAAUUAUCACAGCAUCUGAUGGGGCCAUGGUUGCAAGAGGGGAUCUUGGUGCAGAGCUGCCAAUUGAAGAGGUUCCAUUGUUGCAGGAAGAGAUAAUCAGGACAUGUCGUAGCAUGGGAAAAGCUGUAAUAGUUGCAACAAAUAUGCUUGAAAGCAUGAUUGUUCAUCCUACUCCUACCCGUGCUGAGGUGUCAGACAUUGCUAUUGCUGUUAGAGAGGGUGCUGAUGCAGUCAUGCUUUCUGGAGAAACUGCUCAUGGAAAGUUUCCUCUAAAAGCAGUUAAUGUGAUGCACACAGUGUCGUUAAGAACCGAAUCAAGCUUAAUGAGCGGGGGAACACUUUCUAGUCUUAAUCAAGCAUUUAAGAACCAUAUUAGUGAAAUGUUUGCAUACCAUGCUACAUCAAUGUCAAACACUCUUGGAACUUCAAUUGUUGUAUUCACUAGAACAAGUUCCAUGGCUGUCCUACUCAGCCAUUAUCGACCCAAUGGCACUAUAUUUGCCUUCACAGACAAUAAAAGGGUACAGCAGAAAUUGGCUUUGUAUCAAGGAGUUUGCCCCAUUUACAUGGAGUUCUCAGAUGAUUCUGAGAAAACAUUUGCAGAUGCUCUUUCUCUCUUGAAGAAUCAAGGGAUGAUGAAGGAAGGUGAGCAUGUAGCUCUUCUUCAGAGCGGGAGAAACCCCAUUUGGCGGUUUCAAUCCAACCACAAUAUUCAGGUCAGAAAGGUGGUGUAGAUCAGCACUCAGCAGUAAAGAAGAGACCAAUUUGAAUUAUUAUUCUUAUUUUAUUUUUGUUUGUCAUCCAAUUAGCGUAAGGUUUUAAUUCUACUACCUAAUGUUUUUGUGCUUCUUUAUCAACUUAAGUUGCAAUUUAAUUUAGUUUCUUUAAUAUGUGUAGCGAAUUCUGAUUGUUGGCAAAAUAAUAGUAGUAUUUGUUGUCAUUAUUUGAGUUUAAU